CUUAAGAAGGAACUCAUCAACAAUGUCCAUAGAGGAAGACUCAGAUUUUCUUGCCACCCGAAGGUAUGCAAUUGUUACAGGGUCGAACAAGGGAAUAGGGUUAGAAGUAUGCAGACAAUUGGCUUCCAAAGGGGUUCUAGUUGUGUUAACUGCUAGAGACGAGAAGAAAGGCAAAGAGGCAGUGAAAACUCUUAAAGAUUGCAACUUUUUCCAACAUGAGAAUUUGGUUUUUCAUCAACUUGAUGUAUUGGAUCCAUAUAGUAUCUCUUCUCUUGUUGACUUUGUGAAAACCAAAUAUAGGAAGCUUGACAUAUUGGUGAAUAACGCUGGGGUGUUGGGAUUGAGUGUAAACAUGGAGGCAUUAGAAGCCUCAACAAAUGGCGACGAUUCAAGAUUUAUCAAAUGGGAAGACGUUUCAACACAACCAUACGAUUUAGGAGAAGAAUGCAUUCAAACGAAUUACUAUGGAGCAAAGAGGAUGAUUGAAGCUUUCACGCCUCUUCUUUCUUUGUCCGACUCUCCAAGAAUCGUCAAUGUUUCAUCAAGUUCAGGAAAAUUGAAGUUCGUAAUCAAUGAAUGGGCUCGUAACAUCUUGAGCGAUGCUAAAGCUCUAAGCGAAAAAAGAAUCGGCGAGAUUCUUGAAGUUUUUCUUAGAGAUUUGAAAGAGAAUUCUUUAGAAGCAAAUAAUUGGCCUUCAUUUUUAUCUGCAUACACAUUAUCAAAAGCAGCCAUGAAUGGCUACACAAGACUGAUAGCGAAGAAGAAUCCAAGUUUUAUGAUAAACUGUAUUUGUCCUGGGUAUGUGAAAACAGAUCUAAAUCACUUCUUAGGACACUUGAAUGUUGAAGAGGGUGCACAUAGUGUCGUGAGGCUGGUGUUACUCCCCACAGGUGGGCUAAGGCAUUCUGGUGUUUUCUUUUAUAGAGAGGAAAUAUCUUCUUUUUAAUGAAAGUAGCAGUUCAUAUACUUGGAGUUGCUUGCCAUUUUAUGUAGUUUGUAUAAAAUGUCAAUUCUUGUACAAUUGAAUCUAUUUCUAAAA